AUGCAGCCGCCCUCGUCAUGGCGUAUCUACGUCGGCGAUGACAUCGGCGCUAGCGGCACUGGUGCUGCUGGGGACAAGGGCAACGGUCAUGCAGCAGCAAACAUGGAGGAGGAUACAGCGCGCUUGCUUGACUCGGCAUUUGUGCGGCGCGCCCGCUACAUUCUGCAGACCCUCCCAGCGAAGAUUCGCCAGCAACCGUCUGCCGCGCCGUCACCUGUGCUGCGCUGGCUGCUGCUGCACGAAGCAGGGGAAGGACAGAGCAAGGUGCAGACAGGCACGACGCCCGCUGUGACUGAUCGGCCCAGCACCACUCCCACGCCUGCCCCAUCGUCUGCCGUUGCUGGUAUGUCAGCAGGGGUUUCGACAGCAGCAGCCACCUCAGCGCUAGCGCGUCGAGGUGUCGGACCAAAGGACCCGCUGCUUCAGCGCCUGCUGAAGCAGCAGCAAAAGGCGGCUUUGUCUGCCUCCGCACCAACGUCCGCCACGCCCACCUCAACCGUCACCAGUGGCGGCACGAGCACGCACAUGCCCUGUGCGUCUCACUGGACACAGCGCCCGUUCUCUGCCAUGACGUCUACCAGUUGGAAGGUAUUCCGGCAACAGCUGGGCAUCACCGUCGAGCUGGUAGCGCCGACGCAGCUGCCCACUGAGACCAGCGGCUCCAGCGCAGCGCAGCUGGGAAGCUUCGUCAAGACGUUGUCUCCAGCCGACACGCUACCGGCGAUCCGCUGCUGGGAGGAAGCCCAGCUACCGCUGUCACUUGGCCGGUGCGUCACGCACGCGUACGCGCUGCCGACGGCGGUGCAAGCGCAGUGCGUGCCGGUCGCGCUUCUCCCGCGGUUGGCGCCGUCGGCCACGAGCGCGAACAGCGGCGGUGUAGCUGGCGCGGCUACGGCAGCAGUGCUUGGCAUGGACAUCCUCGCAGUAGCGGAGACCGGUAGUGGCAAGACUGCCGCGUACCUCGUGCCGCUGCUAUACCACGUGCUGUGCCGGGCACCAAAGCUACUGGGCUACCCCGACCGCAUCUCACUGGGGCCGCUGAGCUUGGUGAUUGUACCGACGCGCGAACUGGCUGAGCAGGUGACGGCGUCGCUUCUGCAGUUGUGUGGUCAGGCACCAGCUGCCUCAAGUUGCAGCAGCAGCGGGGGUCAAGUCUCGCAGGACACUAUCCGAGUUUGGGAGACGCAUGAGGUCGAUGUGAACAGCACUAGUGGCCACGAUGGUACGUCCUCUGUGGCCGCGGCGUUGGCGGUGCGAAAUUAUCUGAGCGAGCUGCGCGUCGUCAAGGUUAUUGGUGGCGAGAGUCGCGAUGCGCAGUACGCCGCCCUCGCCCGCGGCGCGCACUGCGUCAUUGGCACGGUGGGCCAACUGCACGUACUUCUCGAGGACCGCUUGCUCUCGCUCGGAAACGCGCAGUUCGUCGUGAUGGACGAAGCGGAUCGGAUAAUCCAUGAGCAGCAGGAGGAGCGACUCACUGCCGUGCUGGAGCGGUGCCCGCAGCCGCGGCAGACAGUCAUGUUCACGGCGACGCUGAGUACGGCAUGCGCGGCAGUGGCGAAGCGGUACCUCAGCAAGACCGGCUACUACCUGGUGCGGACACCGUAUCGGUGCACCUCGAUCCGUCAAUCCUUCGAGCUGGUCUCUGACACCGGCGCCCCGCCUACGGGCGCUGCCCCGGAAGCGGUAGAAGGACGGCAACAACGACACCCGAAAAGGGGCGAACCGCAGCCGCAGCAGCGGCAGCGUCGCCUGCACCCCCUCAUACACGCGCAGAAGUUUGCGCGACUGGUGACGUGGCUCGUCUACGCCACAGCCCCCAUCAUCGUCUUCGCCAACGAGAAGUCGACGUGUGACGCGCUAUGGGAAGAGCUGCGUGCCGAGGCGGAGUAUCUGGACGCACAGCAGGAAUACUACACAAUCAAGGACAUGGUCGGGGCGCCGCCCGAGGGCUUGACAUUCCGCGAAGACAUCGCAGGUGGUCAAGGAGCGAUGCCAUUCACCUUGUCGAAUAUGGCUGCACGGCACACGCCGACGUUGGCGAACCUCACCUCCGUUGCCGUCGUACACUCAGAGCUCUCGCAGGCUGAACGGCGCUCUCUCGUGGCGCAGUUUCAGCGGCGUCAACGGCACGUUCUCCUCACAACAGACCUCCUCGCUCGUGGCCUUGACGUGGCGGGGGUGACGCUUGUGGUCAACUACGAUGUGCCGUGGGCCGCCACUGCCUCGUCGAGCGACGCGGUGGCGCUGUACAUCCACCGCAUCGGCCGCACCGGCCGCGCCGGCGCCACCGGCGUCGCCGUCACUUUCGUCACUUUGCCUGCCGCGAUGGUGCAGCGGGCGGAGGUGAUAGCGAGGGAGGAGACGGAGGUGACGGCGACGCCAAAACAGUCCCAUGGCCCCGUAAAGGCGCACCGAGCGGCACUUCGCACCGACGGCGAUGAGGAGGACGACCUCGCCGCCCUCUGUGAGCUCUUUGACAGUGACACACGCAAUGUCUGGAUGGCAGGGGCGGCAGCUUCAUCGUCCACUGCGGCAGAUAAUGCCCGUGGACGCCGACGCCGCAGUGACGAAGACAGCGACGACGCGGAGGCGUACAACAGCGACAGCGACGACGACCAAAACAGCAGCAGCGCGGACGCUACGAACUAUGCAAGCGGAAACGCGAAUCACAACAGCAAUGGCACGCGAAAGCCGCCAAGGAAGCGACACAAGCGCUCGGACGCCACCUUCGCCAGCGACGCCGCCGUGCUGCGGCCUCUCUGGUCCUUCCUCAUCGAGUGCGCCGAGGGUGAGGGCUGCCGCGAUGGUGCGGCGGCGCUGCAGCGCGGCACGUACGCGAAGAUCAGUGUUCCACCAGCGUUGGGGUGCAUCAUGGUGCAGCUCUCUGCCAGCUCUCAGUACGGCCGCAUUACCUUGUAG